AUGAGUCUGAUCCAGGACAAGCUGGGCGGUGAGUUCCUUCGCUCCAACGGCGGGAUGGAGCCGGGCUUCAGCGCGGGCAUGAUCAUGUUCAGUCACCUCCCACCCGUCACCAGCUUCACCCGACUGGCCAGCCAGACCGUCAUGACAGACCUGCAGCCCCACGAGAUGAUCCUGAAAAAGGAGCGCGACUCUCCGGACUGUGGAGGAGGAGGAGGAGGGAUGGGGGGAGGCAUGGGAGGAGGCGGCGGUGGUGGAAUGGGUAUGAGCGGUAUGCUUGGAGGCAUAGGCGACUACGUCCACUCCAUGGGCAUUAAACAGGAGAAGAUGUCGGAGCACGACUACAGGCUGCCCUACUACCCGGGAGGCGGGGUCGGAUCCGGAGGGGGGCGGGACGGAGGAGGAGGAGGAGGAGGAGGAGACCUCCUGCAGGUGUCUCUCGGCACCCACCAGAAUCUGUUGGCGCACGACCUCAGUUUGGGAAACCUGUCAGGCCGUUUGGUGAAAGAGCCCUCGGGGAAAAGAGGUCGUAGGUCAAAUGGCGAUGGACAGGAGGGGAAGACACGAAGGAAACGAGGAGAAUCGAAGUCCAUGAUGCUGGAUGCAGAUGGUGAGAGUUUAUCUCCAAACUCCAAACCGCACAUUUGUGAGCACUGCAACGCAGCGUUUCGCAGUUCCUACCACCUGCGCAGACAUGUACUCAUACACACAGGAGAGAGGCCUUUCAGAUGUAGUCAGUGCAACAUGAGCUUCAUACAGAAAUACCUCCUGCAGAGACACGAGAAGAUACACAGCGGAGAGAAGCCAUUCGGCUGUGACCAGUGCAACAUGCGCUUCAUUCAGAAAUACCACAUGGAGAGACACAGGAGAACCCACAGCGGAGAAAAGCCAUACAAAUGUGACACCUGCCAACAGUAUUUCUCCAGGACGGACCGGUUGUUGAAGCACAAACGGACGUGCGGAGACACCAUAAAGAAGGGUCUGGACGGGACGGAGCCCGAUUUGGGCGACUCCGGACACGGCAGCUACGGAAUCACUCAGGGAAACGCUGCGGCCUCCGGACGUAAAAGGGGCAAGUCCAAAAACCCAGGGGAGGGGGGGGAACGCAAGCGGAAGAGGGGAGGAGGAGCCGGGGCAGGGGGGGUGGCGGCAGCGACGGCGGGGGCGGCGACGGGGUCUGGAGUGAUGGAGGGGGCGCACGCUCAGGGGUCCGGCGGGUUUGGCCUGCACGGCUUUAACUCCAUGGAGAAUCACGGAGGAGUGUCUUCGUCCUCGUCGGCUCCCCAGCCCGGUCCCAGCAUGCACGGGGAGCACGGGCGGGCGCCCAAGAUGGCCUUCAAGAAGGGGAACCGGAAGGGCCAGGACAAGAAUGCCCAACACGCCCAACUGGAGCAGCCCAAGACCAGCGGCAUGGAUCUUUCCGGAGGAACCGGCCUGGACGGCCUGGGUCUCCUCCAAGGCCCCGGUGCCAAAUCCGGCCCGACCAGCAGUAACUAUGACGACGCCAUGCAGUUUCUGAAGAAGAGACGUUACCUGCACGCCGCCAACAACGGAGGGGGAGGGACUGGGGCUACGGAUUACGACGUGGGUGUGGGACACCUGCAGCCGCAGCCGACGGUUAUCCAGGGCGGGGUCUCUGGGGUGAUGGAUGGCGACACCUCCCUUGGGCUUUUAGACUCCUCCCCCUUGGCAGUGGACAUCAAACAGGACAAGUCGGGAAUCCCGGACGAGGUUUUGCAGAGCCUCUUGGAUCACUACGCCCACAAGCCCGACGUGACCUUCGACCUGUCCGACCACCAUCACGUGGAGCUCCAGCCCGCCUCCGCCGACGGGCCAAUGGGGCACGAGGACGACCCCCCGAGCCCAUCGGGUGGAGACAAAUCCGUAAUCAUGCACGAGUAUUCCCGUUUCUUGCUGCAGGCUUUGGAGCGCACUAGUCACAAUGCCAGUUUCCCCUUGGGCCCCAGCCCGCCGGGGAUUUCCACGAACGUCACCGGACCGUUCUCCGUGCCCGCGCCGCUCUUCUCUGACAAACAUGUGUACACCACAUCCCCCCUGGAGUGUACCUUCGGCCAGUCCGUGGUCUCUUCGCCCUCCCUCUCUUCCUCUUCCUCCUCCGUGCCAAAGUCCCACUUCACACUGCUGGGCAGCUCAUCUCCUCCACAGAGCUUCCACCUGAGUGGUCUGGAACCUUCCGCUCACACACAACCUCCGCCACCUCCUCCGCCGACGCAGCAACAGCUCACGCCGUCCCAGGAGCUCACCGAGCAACUGGAGAAACAGCACACCCCCACCCCUCCUCCACCCUCGCAAACCCCAUCCACCAGCACCUACCAGAUCCCGCCCCCGCCGCAGCCGCCGACGCAGUCCGACAUGAGCGGGCAGAAAGAAGCCCAGGGCUCCAAAAACAGGGUGGCUUCAUCUGCGGGGGGAUUCUCCCUGGCCCCCUCCCAGGGCCUGGGUGCUUUGGACUCGGCCAAGACCUCGUACCAGAUCGAGAACUUCGCCCAGGCGUUCGGGGCUCAGUUCAAGGGGAGCCGAGUUCCCCUGGCCUUCGGCAGUGACUCGGGGGGAGAGGUAGACCAUCGCAUACGGACGCCAGUCUCCGAAUUCUCAGGGUAUAGCAGUCUCUUAGCUGACGUCAGUGACCCAGUCAGCACCGCCUCCAAAACUCUCACAAGCCAAAGCUACAGGUGA